AUGCCAAACAACAUUCCAGAUUUCCAGAUCGCGAACUUCCUCGCGACAAACACCCAACCUCUACAGCUCACUGAUCUCUCUCCUGAAAACGACGCGAACAUCGAGUGCACUAUCUGCCACAACCCCUUUGCUGACCCGCCACAGGACUACGUGCACCCAGACCUACCUGAGGAUGAAGACGAA